AUGUCCACCAACACAGUUGUCUCGCUGUACCGGCGAUCUCUGAAGCUUGCGCUUGACUGGGCGGUUCACAGACAAGUUUGGCGCGGCCAAGCAGUGUACAUUCGAUCGCUGUUCGAAGCAAACAAAGACGUUCGCGACCCCCGCCAACAAAAGGUGCUGUUGAGAGAAACGGAAAAGUUACUAGAUACCUGGAAACACCCUGAUCCCUACAGAAUGCCCACUGCUCCUGGUGGCAACAAAUAUGAGAGAAACAUUCCUGCUCGGCAAUUACCUCUUGCUUCCGAUCAUGCCGAAAGUCACUGA